GGAUUGCUUUAGAAAUGGAGACACUUUUGGAUCUUCCAACAAGAAUCGAUUUAGAUCAUCAUUUGGAUGUCGUAUAUAAGCCAACAAUUUGUUCAGACUAUCCAAAAGAGACCUACACUUAUCCCUAUUAGGAUAUUUCAUCGAUGUAGUAAAGGAUUAUUGCAUAGUCAGAAAAGGGAUCCUUUUUCAGUUCUUGACUUGGAAUCCUGUGCUUCUUUCGAGCAAGUAAAGAAGAGAUAUUUAUUGCUAGUCAAAAAGUUACACCCAGAUGUUCUCGAAACAACCACUGACGAAUAUAUUAAAAAGGAAAGGAGUCGUUCCUUUGUAGAGUUACAAGAGGCUUAUGAAGUGUUACAAAAGUUGUAUGCUAGUGGCCAGUUUCGAAAAGAUAAAGUGCAUUAUUCUACUCAGUUUACAGAAAAAGAAUAUGCGUCACGUCGUAAGCCAUUUUCCAAGGCACCUCCUUCACCUCGUUGUUUAAGAGCGGGUAAUAAUGGCGAACUUCCUUGUUAUAUCAUAUGUGAUGGUUGUCGUAGUAUGUGUCAUGAUAGAAAUAUUGACUGGCAUGGCAAUAACCAUUUGUUUUGGAAUGAUAGUCCAAAAUAAAGACUGUCUUCCUUUGAAGAAAUCGCAACAGGCAUUCAUGCAAU